AUGUUGCACGCCUCCUAUGAGGUGUUGGAGCCAACAAAGAAUCUUACGGCUUAUUUACACACCCGUCAGAAGCGCUAUCAGUUGGUCUACCAGAAUGGAGCAACUAUUCGCUUGGUAAUUGGCUGUGUGAUGACUGUUCAGCUGAUGGAUCCGGUUGUGUGGCGCAGCCUGGUAAACUUCUAUGUGCUACACUUUGGGGCAUAUUCAAUGCCAGCCACACCACUCUAUCCCUGGGAUAAAUGGGAGUCCAUAUUCGCCAGAUCACUGAACGAAAAGAUACGACAGCUGGACGCAUCGCAUGAGGAUGACACACGCCUGUUUGCCUACACCGGACUGGAGCUGUACAUGGACAAUGAGAGCGGCGUUCCGGGACGAGGUCGCCACUGUUUGCUGCGUGCCAUGUGCGAGAAUGCGCAAGUGCAUCGUCAUGUGGGCAUCAUGUCCGAGCUGCUCAACGUGCUCCUCACACCGGGAAAAGCGAGACUCGAUCAGAUUUAUAGGGAAGCUCACGCUGCGGGCUUGGCUGGCGUGGAUUGCUUGCAGCAGUUUUAUGGCUGUCCUCGGGGCGAGAGUGUCCUCGAUGCUCUGGCUGUGGAUGUAAACUACUAA